AUGGCGGCCGAGAAGACGCAGAUUAUUCCGGUACUCUGCCUUGGAAACGGCGGCAGCGGCCCAAACAGAGCGGUUUCGGAGGACCCGGGGAGCGAGCAUACGGCGGAGGAUGAGACGGCGCGUGAGAUCGUGGACGCGGAGGUGCGUCGCCAAGUCGCCAGGUACAAACACAAGCUCAGGGAAUUCAAGCUGACAGUCAUCGGCACCGCUGUCUUCCUCGUAUUUUGGGUGGUUUUGUUGCUCAUCGGGACCCUCGACCACCACAUGUCCGUGUCGUGGCGCCGGUUCUUCGUCACCUGUGGUGUGUUUGAGUGCCUAUUCUGGCUAUACCUCGUCGUCGGCCAUCUCAGAGAGUAUGGCUUGUCCAUCCCCAAGAUCUCCGACUUCAGCAACGAAGAGCAUCAACUGCCGCCCGUGGGGCACGACCAGCUGUCUGUCAGCCAGCGGGAAGCGGGAACGAGGCAAAGGAAUUGCUGCGUGCACACACUUCCCGUGCCACCGGCGUGUCCCCCAAAAAUUCAUAAACCUCUCACCAUUAUUUCUACCGUCUUACCAAAAUCAAAUCCAAUUCCUCCCAAAUCUGCGGGGUACUGUUCGUCCCUUCCGACGAAGAACGCGAGCAAACCAACCCCACCCGCCGCGGCGCGGCGGGGAGGGCGUACACUCUCCUUGUCGGCGCCGCCGCAACAUUGCGAGGCCACGCGACGGCUCCUCGUCGCCAACCUUCGUCUUCCUCCACUCCACGCCGAUCACAAGCACGUCGCCGACGAUGAUUUCACCAGCAGCAGCUACCUCGGCACGGCGGGGAAGGGGUACGCGCUCCUCGUCGGCCCCGCCGCAUACCCGCGACGCCACGUCCGCUCCUACACGCCGGCGGCGAGGGGCGGCCCGCUCGCCCUCCUUGUCACCGCCCUCGACGAAGGUCUCGGCUCCAUCCACCUCGUCGCCACCAACACCACCACCGCUUCUGGAGCUCUCACCGACCAGCUCGUCGACGGUAUGGAAGAGCUGUUCCAGUUCGUCGUUGCCAGGAUUUUCUCCUUCACCGACCUUCUCCCCACCAGCGUCCGCCAGCUCGCGCGCUCUGCCACCGCCAAUGGUUCCAUCACCGCCUUCACCGACCUUCUCCCCACCAGCGUCCGCCAGCUCGCGCGCUCUGCCGCCGCCAAUGGUUCCAUCACCGCCCACGGUUCGGCUUUCUACACAGACCUCGUCCACUACGGCAAGUGCAGCAGCGCCGCCUCCUUCAGCAGCAGUCUCAAGGGAUGGAUCCCUGCCAUCUUUCCGUGCUCCACCUCUCCCGCCUUUCAAUCCACCAGGCCAAGUGCCUCACCAGGAAAUGUCAAGGAGCACCAUUGAGCUCAGCUCCAAUUUUCUGGCAGGCCCAAGCACAAAUGUGGUGACAGACAGGCAGAGAGCUGAUGUAACUCUUGAUAUAGUGGAAUUACAAAAUCUGGCUGGCCAGAGCAACAACACUGGAUCAGGCCAUGAAUGGAGGAUGGAAAAUGGCUUGAACAAUUUGGCUCGGGAGUGGGAUACAGCUCAAGACACUGAAAAUGGCACGGAAAGGCUGCUUGGACCUGCUGGGCAAUUCAGACAGAGGACAAGGGAGAGAGACAGCAGCAGCAGCAGCAGGAGGAGGAGGAGGAGGAGGAGGGGCAGCAACAGCGGUGGCAGCAGCAGCUGCAGCAGCAGUAGCAGCAGCAGGAGGAGCAACAACAUGAACAGCGAUAGGAGUAGGGAGAGAGGCAGCAAUGGGAUCAACAAUGGCCAUACUGAGAGUGAUGAAAGUAGGGAAAAAGAACGCAAGCGUUGGAUGCGGCUAGGUAUACUGGCACUAUUGCUUCUUGCGUUCCAUGGCUCACUUGUGCUAAUUACCUGGAAGCUGCUGAAACACAUUACAGAUGAGUCAGAGCUUGAUGUGUAUAUUGCUCUCUUUUGGUUUGGUCUCUUUAUAGCUCUCCAAGCUGGGAAGUAUCUUGUUGACACUGCCUAUGAUUUUGAGCCCACUAGAAAGACCGAGUUCAUCCAUCUGUGCCUCCAUGCUUCCACACUUGUGGUGUUUCUCUUGCUGGGUCACACAAAAAUCUGAAAAAAUCACUCAAAGGUGGUUGCGCAUGCUGUUGCUUAUUUUCUUGAAAUCAUGGGUGCUGCAGCUAUCCAGUUUUAUUGCAAGGCCAGUGUUGAUAUUGAUGUGGCCGGCCUCUAAAGACGAACUUAUGUCUGGUGAAGUCUUCUACGAGUACUUAUCAAGAUGCGGGUGGCGAAAUCAACUGGAUUGAUUGGAACGUUUGCAGGAGAGGAUUUCUACCAGGAAGCGGUUUCUUUUGGAUCGUCGCUAGUAGAUACUACUCCUUUGUGAUUGCACUGGUUUUUUGGCUAUUGUUCUAUCAUCCUUUGAUGCUCACAUGUAGCAUGAGGGUCUUAGGUACUCGGGGUGUUGCAAACAAUGAUUGUUCGCUCAAAGUAGAAAUGUCAGAUUUUUCUGAAAUGGUUUUGUGAGACAAGCUCUUACUCC